ACACGUCAGUCUAGUAAAGUACAGAAGCCGGCUGAAUAGGGACUGAUCCCCCACCGUCGUGUUUCUGUCUUGUAGGCUACAUCCGUCAGCCUUUAUCUACAAAUGCUGUAAUUUGCUUCGAACACAACGGAGUUUUUAACUUUUUUCUAGAACCGAGGUCAUCCUGAUACAAAAGCUCACUUUGGGCUGUUGGCCUCUUUCUCUGCUGAAGCUCUGUGAUGGCGACCUACCAGGAGUUCAUCCAACAGAACGAGGACAGGGAUGGGGUGAGAUUCAGCUGGAACCUCUGGCCCUCCAGCCGUCUCGAAGCCACCAGGCUAGUGGUCCCAGUCUCUUGCCUGUUCACACCACUCAAGGAGAGGCCCGACCUGCCACCUGUCCAGUAUGAACCAGUCCUGUGCAGUCGGGCCAACUGCAAGGCAGUGCUCAACCCACUAUGCCAAGUUGACUUCAGAGCAAAAAUAUGGGCGUGUAACUUCUGUUUUCAGAGAAAUCCGUUCCCUCCUUCUUAUGCAGGCAUAUCAGAAGUGAACCAGCCAGCUGAACUCAUGCCACAAUUUUCUACCAUUGAAUACAUAGUGCAGCGCGGCCCCCCAACCCCUCUGAUUUUCCUGUAUGUGGUGGACACAUGUUUGGAAGAAGAGGACCUCCAGGCCCUGAAGGAGUCCCUGCAAAUGUCCCUCAGCCUGCUGCCACCCAAUGCUUUGGUGGGCCUCAUCACAUUCGGACGCAUGGUUCAAGUUCAUGAGCUCAGCUGCGAGGGGAUCGCCAAGAGUUACGUGUUCAGGGGAACGAAAGACCUCUCCUCCAAACAGAUCCAGGAGAUGCUGGGUUUAACAAAGCCAGCAGCAUCAGGACAACAAGGUCGUCCACCAGCACCUCAGGAUGCUGCAGCCUCUUGCAGGUUCCUUCAGCCUGUGCACAGAGUUGAUAUGAAUUUGACUGACCUGCUCGGUGAGCUCCAGAGAGAUCCGUGGCCUGUCCCUCAGGGCAAACGGCCACUCCGCUCCACUGGUGUGGCUCUGUCUGUCGCUGUCGGUCUUCUGGAGGGUACAUUCCCCAACACAGGGGCUCGUGUGAUGCUGUUCAUUGGAGGGCCCCCCACCCAGGGCCCGGGCAUGGUGGUGGGAGAUGAGCUGAAAACCCCCAUCCGCUCCUGGCACGACAUCCAGAAAGACAACGCUCGUCAUUUGAAGAAAGCCACCAAGUAUUAUGAAGCCAUGGCUAAUCGCUCAGCAGUUAACGGCCACAGUAUUGAUAUUUACGCCUGUGCCCUAGACCAGACAGGACUGCUGGAGAUGAAGUGCCUAUCUAAUCUCACUGGGGGGCACAUUGUGAUGGGAGACUCCUUCAAUACCUCCCUGUUCAAGCAGACCUUCCAGCGAGUCUUUAGUAAAGACUACAAUGGAGACUUCCGCAUGGCCUUCGGAGGCGUCCUGGAAGUCAAGACAUCAAGGGAACUGAAGGUUUGUGGCGCCAUCGGACCAUGUGUUUCACUCAACUCUAAGGGCCCAUGUGUUUCAGAGAAUGAGAUGGGCAUUGGUGGCACAAGCCAAUGGAAGGUGUGCAGUCUCAACCCAUCCACCACUUUGGGCAUGUAUUUUGAGGUGGUGAAUCAGCAUAAUGCACCAGUCCCACAGGGUGGCCGAGGGGUCAUCCAGUUUGUAACCCAAUACCAGCACUCGAACACACAGAGGAGGAUACGGGUUUCUACCAUUGCCAGGAAUUGGGCAGAUGCACAGUCCCAAAUCCAGCACAUUGAGUCAUCGUUCGACCAGGAAGCAGCUGCAGUGCUCAUGGCCCGUCUUGGAGUCUUCAGAGCCGAGUCGGAGGAGGGACCAGAUGUCUUGCGUUGGCUUGACAGGCAGCUCAUCCGUCUGUGUCAGAAGUUUGGCCAGUUCAAUAAAGACGACCCGACGUCCUUCAGACUGUCAGAGUCUCUGUCCCUCUACCCACAGUUCAUGUUCCACCUGCGGCGGUCGCCCUUCCUGCAGGUGUUCAACAACAGCCCGGAUGAGUCGUCCUAUUACAGGCACCACUUUGUCAGGCAGGACCUGACCCAGUCCCUGAUCAUGAUCCAGCCCAUCCUCUACUCAUACUCCUUCUAUGGGCCACCAGAGCCUGUUCUCCUGGACAGCAGCAGUAUUCUGCCAGAUCGAAUCCUGCUGAUGGACACUUUCUUCCAGCUGGUUAUUUACCAUGGAGAGACCAUAGCCCAGUGGCGAAAGGCAGGCUACCAGGAAAUGGCAGAGUAUGAGAACUUCAAACAGCUGCUGCAGGCUCCGCUGGAUGACGCCCAGGAGAUCCUGCAGACGCGCUUCCCCAUGCCACGCUACAUUGACACAGAGCAUGGAGGCUCACAGGCUCGCUUCUUGCUCUCCAAGGUCAACCCAUCACAGACCCACAACAACCUCUAUGCCUGGGGACAGGAGACCGGAGCCCCGAUCCUCACUGAUGAUGUCAGCCUGCAGGUUUUCAUGGACCACCUGAAGAAACUGGCCGUUUCCAGCUCUGCAUAGGUGCCUCCGUUCCCCUAUUCAGAGAGGAGGAGUGAUCUGACAUUCCUGUUUUCAUAUAGGGAUCCAUUAACAUUUCCCCUGUUUCUGUAAAGGAUCCGAACCCAGAGAGUCUGUUGUAUGUGUGUGCUUCAUCUUCCUGUGCCCUUAAUGGGGUCAUGUGUGACAUUUCCCUGAUAUAAAAGGGGUAACUGCACAUUCCUUUUCAGAAAACAAGAUAACAUUUGUACUCAUUUUCAUUGACUUGUUAUUCGUGAGAAAUGGUUUCAGUACUUCAGAACCAGAAAGUCCUCAUGUAAGCAAUAUUAAAUUCUCUAUUUCUCUUUUAUAUGUGAUAUUAUCUCUGGAACGCAAAAUGAUUAGACUAAUAAUUUAUUUUUUUUUUGUUUGUCCUAAAAAGUGUAUGUACUGCAUCACACUUGGCUGAACGUACUGUUUAUAACUCUUCUAUAUGUUUGCUUUGUCUAUAGCUAAAGACGACAUGCCUCGACUUUUCUUAUGAAUAAAUUAUGAUGGUACCUCGAUGCUGGUUAAGAGAUGUUCACGGGGCUAAUCCGUAUUCACACUGACGGCUUGUUAAUCACAGUUUAUUUGACAAUGACGUAUAAAGAUAAAAUCCUACGUGGAUUAUGCCUCAAGUGUUUUCCAAGAAAAUUGCCUCUGAAUGAUGAGCAUUAAUGUUCUGAGGAAUGGAAGUCGGCACCUCACCACAACUGAGACUGCGUCUGUUUUCAAUGAUGAACAUUUAAAUUUAUUUUUAACUUUGACUCAUUACGGCACUCUGUAUAGUUCAGUCAUCUCAUCCUGUCUCUUUCAACAUCUGGUAUUUUGCACCCGAUGACAGCCCAAGUGUCUUUAUAAUCAAACUUUAAUAUACUGUGAGAGUGUAUAACAGAGACAGUUGUCGGAUUUACACCCUGUGUGGAUUCUUAAUGCUAUAAAGGUCUGUUGGAAGUUU